AUGAUCACAGUUACCGUUCGCUCUGUGCAGCAAAACGUGGCCGACUUCGACAUGGCUGCUGAACCAGACAUGCUGGUCUCUUCCUUGAAACAGCAUCUGUGCGAGAAGCACUCGUUGCGCCCGGAUGCAUCGAGACAACGAUUGAUUUGUGCUGGCCAUCUGAUGGCUGAUGAUAAAAAGCUGUCAGACUACAUCCGUCCGGAAAUGAAUGACAAGUGCAUCAUUCAUCUGGUUUGUUCUAUUCCAGUUCAUAGUUUACCGUCGUGUUCGAAUACGGACAACAGCGAUGCCGGAGUGCGACUACGUAGGCAUUUGCCCUCGUCUGCUCCGGCUGCCGUGGCUGAACAGCAUCCAAGCACAAGCGUAUUUGCAUGCAGCCCCACCAAUGCGAACUCACUGGGCCCUGUCUCAGCAACGGCGCCGGUACUCGAUAGUGCUGGUUGGCUAAAUGUGCACAGCGCUAUGAUGAAUGAGUAUAUGCAGUACAUGUCGAGGAUGUAUGGAAGCGCCAACUGGCCGUACAUGUACGCCGGCGGACUAUACAGUAACACUGCCGCUAUUUCAACGGGCUUGGAGGAGUCGACCGCGACGGUUACGGAUGUCCUUCAACAGCAGUCGACGGCAGCGGGAGCUACAGAGCCGCCAGCAGCUGAAGAAGCUGCACCAGCGGCGGCACUCGCCCGCCGUCCCGCUGCUCCAGCUCGACAGCAAGUGCUGAACGCACAGGGUGGCGUCGACGACGAGGAUGACGAACAUCCAAGAGACUGGCUGGACUGGAUAUACAUGGGCAGCCGAGCAUGCCUCUUGUUCAUGGUACUAUACUUCUAUUCAUCUUUGGAGAGAUUCGUUUUCGUCAUAUUUUGUUGCAUGAUUAUGUAUAUUAUGCAACAACGUUGGCGACUUCUUCGACAACCGGUUGCGAACCGCGUACAAGAACCGGGUCCACCAAACGUUCCCCAACAAAAUGCUGGCUUUAAUCAAGCUGCCGCACCAGAAGCGGUAAAUAACCGUGACCAGCGGGAUAACUUGCAGUUGGAGAACGCGGAGCCGGCAGAAAUUAGAGACACUGCCGAGCGUGCGAAUUCCUAUGGUUCUGACAAUGCUUCUCCAUGGACGUUGCCAAACUCCGCCGUCGCCGGUCCCAAGGCCGGUUCAGAAUGGAGGAAGGUUGGAGACCGUGGCGAAGUCUCCGUAAUUGCCAUCUCCCACUCAUGGAAUUGA